CGGGCCGGAGGCAGCGGGAGCCCCGCUGGCACAGGAAGUGGCGCGGCGGGAGGAGGAGGCGGAGCUGUGCCGCUCGGCCCGAGUGAUUUUUGGAUUGAAAACAAUGGGUAGAAAAGAUGCCUCUACAUCAAGGACUCCUGUUGACCAGUACAGGAAACAAAUAGGGAAACAAGAUUAUAAGAAAACCAGGCCUAUGUUAAGAGCUACAAGAUUAAAAGCAGAGGCCAAGAAAACUGCACUAGGCGUAAAGGAAGUUGCCCUUGUCCUUGCAGCUAUACUGGUAUUUUUGUUGGCUUUCUAUGCUUUUUUUUAUCUUAAUGUUUCCAAUGAAGUUGACCUUGAUCUGGACCCAGAUGAAAACUAGCAGAUGCAAUGAAUCUAUCAUCAAGAUUUCUUCAGCUUCAACAAGACUACAUAGGAACACACAGUCCCUUCACUGUAAGACAGUAAAUGAUGCCAUUUCUUGCAGUCCAAAUUAAUAAGAAAGUUUUGCAAUACAUCAGUCACAUUCCAGGUCUCCAAAAUAAGAACACUUAUGCCUGGCCAAGUGUAUUUGUCUAACACCAAAGCCAGGAGCUACAGUACAAUACAUGAAGUUUAUUGUUUACAUGAUGUUUUUCUCAGGCAGAGAACUUUGAUGUCAAAAGCGAGGUGUUACUAUUAUCAUGGGUAUUGAUGCUGACUUCACAGGAGUGUCUGCCUUGACCAAAUUUAGGAAUCAGAGCUUCCUAAUAACCAGAUUAGUUUCCUGUUGCUUUCUGAAAAGAAAGCAGAAGUACCAAAUAAAAAGUCUUUUCUUCAUUUGUGUUUAAAAUAUACCAAAACGCCCUCAUCCUUUCUCUCCCUUUUAAUCUUUCUUGUGUAUGUGUGCACAUGCAUGAGGAUGGAAGAAAUUGUAGUAAAAGAAAUCUUCUUACAAGCAGUCUGUCACCUUCUAUAUGGACUUAAUUUUCUGUCAUUCCAGAUUCUGUGUGCCCAUAUAUCUGCAGUAAUCUUUUUCAUUCUUUUGCCAACUGUUCAGCACACAUGUGUUCUGUUAGAAAUGGCACCUGGAUGACAGAAGCUCUAACAUUCACAUAUGCUUCUGAAACACAGUUCUUUACCUCCUGUGCUGUCUGAACUAGUGUAAAUAGAAAGUUUAGUCGAUGUUGGUUUUAAUUAGUGUAUUGGUCUACUAUUAAUAUGAAGUCAAAAUUGUGUUUUAAUUAUGCUCUUCCUGAUGGUUUUGUUAUCAACUUGCUCUACCUAUUAGGAGCAUGUUGUAUAAAAACAUUCCUUUCCAGCUAUACAAUAAUUUUUAAUCAUCAAACUAAUGUGAGAGGCUGUAAGUAAUAUGAAAACACGUUUUUUCCUGGCGUACGAAUAACUGGUAAAUCUUGGCUCCUUUACAUCUUUCAGUUCUUGCAAAGUACCUUUCAAAUUAGGCACUGUAGAUAUAAUUUUUGUUCCUUUUGAUAGCCAAAAGCAACUUGAAGAAUUUGGUGUGUCAGAGCAGCUGCAGGGAACUUCAAAAUUGUUCUCAGUUUGGCAUAUAACUGAGUUUUGGAUGUAAAGACUCAGUUUUGAUACUCUUAAAAGUGUGGUCAGUCUUUGACUAAGAUUCAUUUCCAAUUAGGUUUGGUAUCGAAACAUGUAGAGCCAUUGGUGCUGUAUGUUGCAAGGAAAUUUAGACAGACUGACUUUCAGAAAAGUUUCUGUAAUUCUGAGGCUUGGUUUUGCCAUUAACAUAAAUUUCAGAGCUGAAUGUUAGGUUUAAUUGCAUCUGAGGUAUUUAUUGUCUUGUUCCUGAGAUGCCCAACUAGGAUUUCAUAUAGUGAUUUCGAAGACAAAGGGAUACAAAUCACAGCAAAUAUUAUAAUGGAAAAUAUAUUUCUUUUAAAUUGACACAGUCCCAUUAUCACCACUUAUGAAACUUUGAUCAAUACAGUUAAUUUUUAAACUAUAGAGUAACUAUGAUUAUAUACAUUAUGAGUCUCUAAGGAUCCACUUCAUAUGUGUCAUAGUCUUCAUUCACUUUCUGCCAUGCAAAACAUCAACUCUGGAAAUUCAGAGUACAACAGUCUUCCGAAAAAUAUAUGAAAGAGAAAUGUAUAUAUGUAAAUAUAUCUUAUUUUCUACGUAUGACUGUUAGAGACACAAAAUCCUAACAUUUGUGUAUGCAUGUGACUUACAGUCCACUACUAGCCGCACAGUUGACCAAACACCUUGCAACAUGUUGAAUUUAUGUUGAGGCAUUAUUUGACACAUGGCCCAAAUUCCAGUGGAGGGAAAGCAUAUCACAAGCUGUCUCCUUGGAUGUGACAUGCCUUUCACUUUACCAGCACCCAGCCACAUGUCACAGAAACCGCAGACCUGUUCUGUUACUUUACAUUAGCAAUUUUCAUGUUCUGUAACAUGCUGGAAGGAUUGCUUCCUUCAUGUCAGCAUAUGGCUCUCAGGGUCAUGUAUGGUCUGAGAAAGAUAUGUGGUUACUCCCUUCAUGCAGGUCAUUUCGUAAUCUGCUCUCUCAAUUGGUUGCAUUAAAAAGCAAGAAAUUCUUGCUGACAAAUUUAUGAACAUGAAGUUCCUACAACAGGAAUACUUCAUUUCCCAUAACUGUGAAUCAGACCAAAUCUGAAGUGUGUAUAUAUGUGAUUCUAUGAGCUUCCCCAAUGUAUGGCUUAUGAGUCCAUAUUGCACAGUUUGCAAUUCGGCUUUGUUUGGAUUAGGUCUUUUUAUUUGCAUGAAAGAUCAUAGAAUCAUUAAAUCCUUGAAUGGUUUGGCUUAGAAGGGAUGCAAAAGAUGAUCUAUUUCCAAUACCUCUGCCAUGGGCAGAGACACCUUCUACUAGAGCAUGUUGCUCAAAGCCCCAUCCUGGUGUCAAACACCUCCAGGGAUGGUGCAUCCACAGCUUUCCUGGGCAAUCUGUUCCAGUGCCUAACCACCCUCAGAAUAAAGAAUGUUUUCUCAAUGUCUAAUCUAAACUUACUCCCUUUUAGUAUGAAUCAACUCUCUCUUGAGCUGUCACUACAUGCUUUUGUAAAAAGUCCAUCUUUUUUGUAGGCUUCCUUCAGGUACCAGAAGGAUAUUCUCAUGUAAUUGGAAAAUUUAUUUUUGCUUAGACCGGGUAAACUUCUGUUCAGUAUAUAUAGAAAUACAUGGUAAAUAUUGCAGCAAAUACACAUCUUCUCUUAUCAGUACAAUAAUUCCUAGUAGGAUAUGUUGCUUGUUUUGCCCUUAAUUAUAACUGAGAUUGAAAUAUGCCUUUUGGAUUUUGGACCAUUUAUCUUUCUGUGAGUUUCUCAGUGUCUAUUUUAUUAAUAAAUGACUUUUUUAUAUUUUGGUUCUCUUACUAAUGUUGAACACACUGAAUUAUGUAUACAUUUGAAAGGACAUUAAAGCAAUCUAAACAGCACAAUGUUCAAAAGUAAGCACUGUAAAGUAAGCAGUUUUAGAAUAUCUGGAUACAUCAGUACUUGCCCUCUACUCCUGGAGUAAACUGAAUUUCUUUCUAGCAGAGGUUGUGGAGGAGAUAUACUGAGCCUAUGCUGAGUCCUUGUGCUGUGGGUGGGAGCAAAUAUCCUGUCUGGAAGAAUCUCUGGCUAGGAAGGCAUAACAGUCUUCCAGAAUUGAUUUUGCUCAACAAAUCUUCUUAGGUGGUUUUCCUUUUCUCUUUGAUUCUUCAGUAGCAGAAUCAACAUGUAGACCAUCUCAGGACAGAAGCCUCAGUCUGGUAUUUUUACUAGUGCUUCUAGUGAAGAUUGCCAAGGAAAGGCUCUAGGCUCUACUACCUAGAGUCCAUAAACUUAUUUUACUGGAAGCUUAGGAGGCAAGUUAAGCAUUUCCCUUAAUAGACCCUAGAGAUACAUUUAAACUUUUCUUGAAGAAUGCUGUAGUUAAAGUUUACUGUUGCAUAUCAUAUAGACAUCAUGUGAUUUAGAAUCAGCUCCCUCCUUGCAUCAGACCAGCUGUAGCAGGUCUGUAGCAGGAUAUGUAGACUGGGAGAUUGUGCUGCAACACAUAACUACGAGUAGCUACAACAUGAGCAAACUCAUCUGUUUACUUAGGUGUCCUCUAGAGCAGCUGACCUAAAAGUUUUAUUUGAAAACACAGGUUUUGAACAACUCUGCUAAAGGAAAGAACAGUGAAAGCCCUACAAAGCUGUUCAUGCCUCUUCCAUGAAGGUUGCUGCCAUGGAAGAGGCUCAUCUGCUUACUUAGGGGCAAGUUUUGCAUGCUGCCUUUUUCAGAAGGAAAAUGCUUCUAGGAGCUCCCAGCAGAGUGAUGUCUGAUAAGGGAUUGUCCCUGUAAGGCACAGCUGAGCCAGGUGGUGAAGGUCAAGUACAUUCAGGACAAUUUUCUUUAGAGAACUGUACUUGAAAAGCAGAGUAGGCAAGUUAGAGUGCCAACAAAAAAGAUACUAUGGAUCUUGAUCGCAUUUCAAGUUCUACUUACAGUAGCAUAGUAAUUAGCAGUGCUUAUGACUAAGAAAAUAACAGCAUGGCACAUCAAUAACACAGGAGAGAUGUGAUGUUGGAACUGCAUCCUGAAAGAUUCUACAGAGUAUUAUGCCUGCACUUUGGGAAGUGAAGCCAUGAGAUGAAUAAAUUGGCAAAGAUUAUCUGUGAUCUUAUGCUUACAAUAUUUUUUUCCUGAAAGAGCCAGUGGAGAUAUUUUGCAGUACUUUUCUCCAUCACCCUCUUAGUUUGCUGUAAUGCAUUUUUGUAGAUGUAUUUCUUUCUAUGCAUUUCCAAGAGUGAAAAAAUAUUUUUUUUUGCACUUCAUCAAUUCAUUUAAUUGACAGAAUCCUCUACUCAUCCUUUUAUCCCCCCUUAAUCACAAUCAAAUUAGUGGGGAGACAGCCAAAAUGUUAGGUACCAGUGUCUCUCAAGCAGAUGUCACACCACUAUUUUUUAGCUCGUUUAAAUGAAUAAACAUGUUAAACUGUGAAGUAUUACAUUUUAGAUUUUUUCAUUUAAAAAAAUGGGACAAUCUGUUUACUGUCCUUAAUUGAGACAACAAUCCUGGUGGUUGCCAGUUUUGGCAGUUGUAAUAAUGAAAUAUAAAUAUUGGGACAGACUAACUGAUGAUUGUGGAGGAUAGUUCAAGUACAAUACUCAUUCUGCAUGAAUACCUUUUUCAGUGCUCCGUUUUUUCUAGCUUCUGUGAUUGUUGUACUUGUUUCGCAUGUUAAAUAAAUACCUGACUAGUCAAUCUA